UUUACCAUUAUGGGGAUGUAUGUCUUGAUAAAAGGACAGAUUUAGAGGUAACAUGUAAAUCAUUGUGAAUCUAAAAAUAAUUAUUAUAAUGAUGACAUAUUGAUUUUCGUCAUAGGUUGAUAAUGAAUACCGGGCAGUCUGGGACCAAUUUGCGUUAAAACUCGAUGUUGUUGACUUGGAUCCUAUGAGUGGUAGUGAAGUGCUUCAUUGGGUGACCAAAUUUCCUGUAAGUAUAUAUUUACAUGUCAUACAGUGAAACAUUUACAUAGGUGACAUUCUGUACUCAUGGUGUGUGCCAGGAAGCAUUGGUGGUGAAUCGCUUAAUUCUUUAAUAACAACACCUUUUGCUUAAUUAAUUAUUAGGGCAUAUGCAGUGCAUAAAGGCAAUUUUUGCUAUGGCAAUUUCAAGUGCAUCACAGGGUUGCAACACUUCUGGGUCAUUCUGUCAAAUUGUUACGACAUUGCUUUAAAAUUCUGCCCUUAAAAUCGACUUAGGUUUGCUUAUGCCAAGGCAGGAAGAGAGACAAUCACUCACAAGGUGUAGUAUACAGCUGACAGGGUUUGCAGAUGUGCCAAAUUUGGUGUAUUUUACGCCAAAAUCGUUCAGAUGACAUCACUGAUGUUACGGAGGGAGUCACUUCGACUCCAAAGAUUUUCGGUAACAAAUAGGGAGCCACUUCGACUCCAGAAAUUUUCGGUAACAAACACAAUUUUGUCCUUAUCUUUUUCGCAACAAAUACAGUUAACGUUAUUGUAAACAUUGUAAACCUUAAUUAAAUCAUCGAAAUUAAAGAAUUAUACUGCACGAUAAAACGAAAAGAGGGUAAAUUAUGAUCAAAGUUUACCGGAUGACCGCCAUCAUGGAUUUGAGCUUUCCAGGUCAGCGGAUCUCCACAGCUACUUUGUGUAUCCCUCACGAUAGUGUAUACAUGCUGGGACCAUGUGCUGGAAAGUCUGAUACUUGACUCCAAAAUUUAAUAUUCCAAAAUGACUCCAAAAUUUGUGAAGCAGAAGUCGCACUGACUCCACUCAUCAAUAAAAUUUUCGGACCCUGAGCUGAGUAUUAUUCCACUGUUUUUUAGAUACCACCUGCAUGCAAUAUCAGUGCAUAAUUGCAGCAUACCUUUUUUGGUAUUUUUUUUUCAGCAUUCUAUCAGAUGCCUUAUCAAUAUUAUUAUGGAGGAUAGUAUCAGUAUUAAAUUUCCAAACAGUUAUUUCUUAGUGAUGAUGGUGUGGGUGUCCAGUUUACAAGUACAACUUUGCUGUAUACAGACUUUUAAUUAUUUUAAAAUAACAGACAAAUAAAAAACAGCGAUAGUAAAUAACAUGUAUGAGUACUAAUACACAUACUUACAUUUUUUUCCUAACUGUUUAUUUCUUUCAUUUUAUAUCCCCUUUUUUCCUAGUACCCUCUAAGAAAUAGAGACUAUGUGUUUGUAAGAAGAGGACAGGUACAAGGUCACUUCCUUGUGACUGAAUUUUUUUCUAUUUUGUUUAUUAAUUUUUUGUUUUCCCCACAAUGAUAUCAUUCUUGCAGUUAUGUAUUUCUGUCAGGGAAAACCAGAGUCCCACAAAAUUGCUCCCUGAUAUAAAGCCAGGUUACUGGGUCAACCCGUUGGGCUGGCAUGUUGUCAUUGUAACAGGCAAGCAACUUGGGGCUUUUAUUACACAUACAAUUUCAAAUACAUUGAGGAAUUUUACUACAGCUGUAUGCUUCUAUUGCUUCUAUUUACCAGUUGCUAACACUCCCUUUGUAUGAAUAAGGGCAUUGAAUAAGGUACAGUGUAUAGUAGGUGCCCCCAAAUUGAUAGGACAAUAAAGGGUCUAAAUGGGAAGAAUUAUAGUUACAGUGUAACUUGUUUUUAUUCUUAUACCAGGUUGAUCAACAGUCCAUGACUAUGGUGCUUAUUUCAAGGUUGGUUAUGAAAAUUAAUAUAUUAUACCAGUACAAAUGAUAAUUAAUUAUUAGAAUAUUAUAUAUAAUAGUUUUGGUGUACAGUUUGCAUGCAAGUUUGCCUUAUUUAUGUUCUCUGUUGAAAAGUAUUACUGAGAAGAACAUACAUGUAUGGUCACAUCCUGUUAGCAAAAGGCAUGAUUGUUGGUUUUAGUGAAGCUACUUGUACACUUUACUUUAAGAAUUAAUUGAGCUGCAAGUAAUGCUGAGUGACUGCAUUACCUGCACGUUAGUAAUCAAACAUGUCAAUCAUAUGAUCCCAGGCUAGUUUUCUUAUUUUUUGUACAAAUUGAAUUAGAAUUAAAUUGAAACUAAAAUAUAUUAAGGUUAAUGAUGUCCUUGUUCUUGUAUUGGUUCCCCUUCACAUUAUUGUUCCUGUUCCGUCUCUGUUUCCGGUUCCAGUUCUGGUUCUUGCUCCUUUUCCCAUUCCUAUUCCCGAUUCUGGUUUCCGGCUUUUCGAGGCACCCAUUGUAUUCACCUCGACUCAAUACUAACUUUGUGUAUAACAGUCAUGCCCUUUACAUUAUGGCAUGCAGUGUAAGUCUUCAAUGUGUCCGCUGUUCAUCCAGGAUUUUCAAAGGGUAUCAGUGAAAUACACAUUACUGUUCAGUAUAGAGUAAUAAUUUAUAUUACAUCAGGGCCAUGUGGGUCUCUUGCCUUGUAUUUCUUUACUUCAUCAAGUCAAUUUUUUGGUGCAUUUUUUCUUCUCAGGGCUACUACUCACCCACUUUGUCCAGAAAAUAGUGAUCAUGUGCGAGUACAAAGUUAUAAUUCCAGAAUGGUUAUUUUACCGCACAGAACAUUUGAUGAGGUGAGGGUCUUUUUCAACCAUAUUUCUCUAUCUUUUCAUAUUGAAGAAGAAAACUUUUAUAGGCUACAGUCACAGUAAAUUUUCACACCAUAAAAUUGAAAAGGAAGUGAUAUUAAAUUGGACAAAAACGGUACAAUUACAAUUCCAUUAUGGGUCAGUUUACACAAUUGACAUAACCACCGCCCUGUAACUUAAGGUGAAAAUGUUUGUUUGAACUUGUAAACAAUGCUUUGUGUGUAGCCUUACCAAUGAAGUUAUUUGCAUAACAGGCCAUUUUACUUUGGCUUUAGCUGUCAUCAACCUUGCAAGGAUCACUUUGAUAUCCAUAUCCAAUGUGUCUCUAAAAAAGGUGUUUUUUUAGCCAUAGGCAUGUUUAAGAAAGAUCAAAGACCAUUGUACUAUAUUUGGAGUUUGUGUUCAGGUGAAUAGUGCAUUUCAAAUAAGCGAUUUUAAAAGCAUGGUCAAUUUUUGACCUUACAGCAGUUCUAAUACCUUAACUGGAAGAUUUACUUUGUAUUGAUUUGUUUGUAAACUUAGGAUGGAUUUGACUUUGUGCUGUCUUACUUUGAUGAUCCUAAGACUAACUUUCCAUCGUACUGCAUGAACGUUUUAACAAGCUCAAGUAAGUGUAAUGCAUUCAUCAUUCAGUGUUCCUUAUCCUACUGAGGUUCCACGGGCGGCAUUUUAAUGGGAUAUUUUUAUAAACAAUGAUAAUGAAGGAUUCUUAUUUACUGUAAUAAAAAGACUUUUAGCUUGUCUUUUUUGUUAUCCUAAUUCAGACCACGUGGUUUUCUCUUGGUCUUAAUUAUGCAUACAUCAAUAUUAUUCAUAAUUAUUGAUAUACCGUAAAAUUCAGAAAAUAAGCCCCGGGGCUUAUGUUUUUCAAAGGCCCUUUUUGAGGGGCUUAUCUAUGGAGGGAAAUUUGCGUUUGAAAAUUGAUUAGGCUGGCCUUAUAGUUGGAAGGAAGUUUAACGUUUUUGCUUUGUUUUACUUUGUAUUUGAGGGCAAUUUCCAAGUACAAGCCCCGGGGGGGCUUAUAUUUGGAGGGGCAAUUUAACGCAGGGUUUUUUACGUUACAAGUUUGGGGGGCUUAUUUUCGGAAUUUUACGGUAUGGUGGAAGCUCUCAUAAGCAGACACCCGGGUUUUUCCGUAACUGGAGCUGGCCGCUUGUGAGAAUGAAAAAUACAGAGUUUGUUUGGGGGUUGAUUAAAACGGGGUCUUAUAAAGGUGACCAUAAGUAGAGCUGUCCGCUUACGAGAAUGUCCAUUAGGAGAGCAUUGGACAGAAUGGUCUGAAAUGGGAAAACAAAACAUAUAAACUAAAAUUAAAAAGGACUGUAAGACACGUCUGGGUUUCAUUUCAUAACUGUCAUCAACAACAGAGCUAAAAAUAAUAUAAUUAUCUCAAACUGGAAUUGUCAGUUUAAAUGACCUGUCCUCAGGAGUCUUGUGUUUUUCACUGCUGUGAUAAAUAACUGAUGAGAAGUUCCUAAUCAAAUCACUUCACAAAUGAUGCGUUUUUACUCAGAUUUCCAAACCUGUCAUGAUGAUAGUACCUGAUUUCCUUUGUUUCUCCUUUGGAAUGAUAUUAAUUACUUUUAUGAUUUUGAAAAAGUUGUAGUUAAAGUACAUGUUUUUCAUCUUUGAAAAAGGCUGCUGUUUUAUACUUUUCACUUUCUAAUUAUGUUUCAGAUCUUCCUACUUUCAUUAAUACACUACACUCUGCAGCAGCUGGGUUAAGCCAACAGGACCAAAAAUGCCUGGCAGAAAGACAGGAGAUGGUUAAUCACUGA